GGCCAAACAAUGCAUUAAACAGCAACGAGAUGACCGCAGGGAAUUCAGGAGGUUUAAUAAGACUUCUGGCUGAAAGGGUUAAUAUCUCACAAGGAGCAAGGAUAUCUGUCAAGGGAAAUAAAGAAUCAUGUGGAAAUCUCAGCAACUGUAAGGCCGGUGGUGGAAGUGGAGGGAUUGUCCAAAUCAUAUCAAGAUCUGGUUUUAUGGCCCGUCACGUCAUCAGUUUAGGCGGUCAAAGCGGUGGCCACAGAGACCCACCAGAGAAUGGAUUUCUGUACAUAAAGGGUGUCAAAGACGGAACGUUUAACACAUUUCCUAACGCACCGUUCUCCUGGGACCAAAGUCAUUUUUCAAUAAGAAUGCGGCCCUCUUCUACCAUGGCAACCAUCCAGCAAAGCGCACUCAAGAGCCAAUUGCCUGCACCUACUUCUCGAAGAGAAGUAGGUGAUACCGCUACUUCAACAGUAUUACUGAUUCCCACAUCGAUGCCAUCUUACUACGGAGCAACAUUAAACAUAACAACAAGCUUUGUACAACAAAGUCCAGGGGUCCCCAGCUCACAACAGCUUUCUCCAACUCGUAAAGUAAGCAGUCCAUUACUGCAUAAUCCACAUGCUACAUUCUCAGACACUGAAGUGUUACUGAUUCCGACAUCAACGCCGCAUUUCAAUAGUGCAACAUUAAACAUGGCCACGAGCUAUGUACCACAAAGUUCAGGGGUCCACUCGCAACAGUUUUCUCCAGCUCGUGAAGUAAGCAGUCCAUUACUGCAUCAUCCACAUGUUACAGUGUCAAGCACAAGAGGUCCACCUUUAGAAAAAGAAAAUCCUGAGAAUUUACGCCAACUUCUUGAUCGAGUGAAGUUAUUCAAGGCAAGUUUGCGUUUCCUUUAUAGCGCUGUUUUCGUUUCGCCGGUUUCCUCAAGCAAUGCCCUAACUGUUUUUAUACUACUCGGAUUAUAUGAUCCCUCCUGCAAAUCUGGAUUUAUCUUUUAUUGCACUAAAUCUAUUGUUGUGAGUAUUUUUUUUAAUCUACAGCAUGGCUAUCUUAAGAGGUCUUUAUAACUUAUUAAUCAUAUUUGAUGUCUUAA